AUGACCUCAUCAUUGGCCUCCUCCGUGACUUCUCUGCAGUCAUCGCUCCAGCUUCUAGACAAUUCUAUCAACACCUUGGACUCGGGCGUGAACGACUUUCCCCGCCUAUGCAAAGUCCUCCAGACAACACGACACUUUGAGCUCCUUCCCGAGCCAACGCUACGCGAAGCACAACAAUCACUCCUCGACGAGAUCAAACCAAGCAUUGCACACUUGCUCUCGAUCUCGUCCAACCACGUGGAAAAACUAGCCCGUCGCGAACAAAGUCUUAAGGCGCAAUGCGAUCUGCAAGAGGGCCGGCUCUCAUCUAACUCGGAUAGCAGACCUUCAACUACGCGCUCUCACGCCCAAGGAAGUUCUGCGGCGAGGAAUCGUCUGCCGAGAUCAGCUAGUGAUGCGACAUCCAGCAAUACUGCCACACGAGCUCUGGAGCUGCGCCGCCUGAUACAGAAAAAGGAGCGCUUGAAGUAUGCUGUUGAUCGACUCGAGCUGCAAAGCAGGCAGAGGGAGCGUCAGUUGAGGAAGAGCAUGGCUGCUCAAUGA